GGGGACAUGGGACAGAUACUGGAGGGAGAGGGGACUUGGAGGCAGAAUGUUACAUGCACAGCCCUGUGAGGCACAGAUGGCACUCAUUCCCAUUGUACGGAUUUGAUGAAUGAGGAGGCACAGAGAGGUGUUCCGCCACGGUGACCGGGCCCCGCUGGCCUCCUACCCCACGGACCCACACAAGGAGGCGAUUGCAGCUGUGUGGCCAAGAGGCCUGGGACAGCUGACAGGGGAGGGGGUCCGCCAGCAGCUGGAGUUGGGACGGUUCCUGAGGAGCCGCUAUGAGGCCUUUCUGAGCCCGGAGUACCGGCGGGAGGAGGUGUAUGUCCGCAGCACUGACUUUGACCGCACGCUGGAGAGUGCUCAGGCCAACCUCGCAGGGCUGUUCCCUGAGGCUGCCCCAGGUAGCCCAGAGGCUGCCUGGAGGCCCAUCCCGGUGCACACAGUGCCCAUCACCGAGGACAAGCUGCUGAGGUUCCCCAUGCGCAGCUGUCCCCGAUACCAUGAGCUGCUAAGAGAGGCCACAGAGGCUGCGGAGUACCAGACUGCCCUGGAGGGCUGGACAGACUUCCUGACUCACCUGGAGAACGUCACCGGGCUGUUGUUGGUUGGAGAGCCGCUCCGCAGGGCAUGGAAGGUUCUAGACACACUGAUAUGCCAGCAAGCCCAUGGUCUUCCCCUCCCAUCCUGGGCCUCCCCGAAAGUCCUACGGACCCUAGCCCAGAUCUCGGCUUUGGAUAUUGGGGCCCACGUGGGUCCACCCCGGGCAGCGGAGAAGGCCCAGCUGACAGGGGGGAUCCUGCUGGAUGCCAUCCUUGCCAACUUCUCUCGGGCCCAGCACCUGGGGCUGCCCCUCAAGAUGGUUAUGUACUCAGCUCACGACAGCACCCUGCUGGCCCUCCAGGGAGCCCUGGGUCUCUAUGACGGGCACACCCCACCGUAUGCUGCCUGCCUCGGCUUUGAAUUCCGGAGGCGCCUCGGGGACCCGGAUGAAGAUGCAGGGAAUGUCACCAUCUCCCUCUUCUACCGCAACGACUCCACCGGACUGCCCCUGACCCUUAGCCUCCCCGGGUGCCCAGGCGCCUGCCCGCUAGCCCGCUUCCGCCAGCUCACUGCCCCGGCCCGGCCUCCAGCUCACGGGGUCCCCUGUCAUGGCUCCCAUGAGCCUGCCACCCCUGCAGCCACUGUGGUGCCCCUGCUGGCUGGGGCUGUGGCAGUGCUGGCGGCGCUCAGCGUGGGGCUGGGCCUGCUGGCCUGGAGACCCAGCUGCCUGCGGGCCUGGGGGGGCCCUGUGUGAGCUGGGAACCCAGGAACCCCCUCCUCCACAGCUGGCAUUGCACCCCAACACGUCUGCUCA